AUGAACUUCAAAAACCUCUUCCUGUCCUUUUUCUUGGUCUUCGCAGUUGGACUCGCCUUGGUCCAUGCCGAAGAGGCCAAGGAGCCUCGGGGCCCCAAGAUCACCAACAAGGUCUACUUUGAUAUUGAACAUGGUGACAAGCCGCUCGGUAGAAUUGUAAUUGGAUUGUACGGUAAGACCGUUCCUAAGACUGCUGAGAACUUCCGCGCUCUGGCUACCGGCGAGAAAGGCUAUGGCUACGAGGGUUCCACUUUCCACCGUGUCAUCAAGGAGUUCAUGAUCCAGGGCGGCGACUUCACCAAGGGUGAUGGCACCGGCGGAAAGUCGAUCUAUGGUAACAAGUUCGCGGACGAGAACUUCAAGAUCAGGCACACCCGAAAGGGACUUCUCAGCAUGGCCAACGCCGGCAAGGACACCAAUGGGUCCCAGUUCUUUAUCACAACCGCCAUUACCUCGUGGCUUGAUGGCCGUCACGUUGUGUUCGGCGAAGUCCUUGAGGGCUACGAGGUUGUUGAGAAGAUCGAGAAUGUGCCGAAGAAACCCGGCGACAAGCCUGAAGAGGUGGUCAAAAUUGUCAAGAGUGGAGAGCUCAAGAGUGAAGAGCCCAAGACUGAAGACAACGCCAGCGGCAAAAAAGGUAGCCAUGAGGAGUUGUAG